AUGCCACUGUUUCAUGGUAUUUAUUCUUCAUCAGCACCACAAGAUAUUGAGAUCACCAUAUGCAACUCAUCGACAGAAAUUCGCGCGACUAGAUAUAAAGUUUUUCAAACAUCAUCAUGGCAUCAUCCCUCACUCCCAGAAAUUCGACCAUUCUCUCUUGAUCUACAUAUCCUAAUUGACGAUAAGCAAAAUCUUCGGUACUAUAUUCUUUUACCUCCACCUAACCAGGAACCAUUCAAUACUUCUCAUUUGCCAACUGUGUCUAGUGUCAUGCCGAUCCGUCGGUGCUCUGGGAAGGCUGUCAUCGAAAAAGUCCACAAUGCUUUCGGGAUUCAAAAAUUAAGAGAUUCUACAAGUGGAAUAUGCUAUACCAUUCUCACAGCUCGAUUCGCACCUAAUGUUCCAAACAGAGUUACCGCUCCCUCCGUAGCUACCUCUCCAAAGCAAACGAAGACAACGCCAUACAUCAUAAGACCGGCCAUUGAGCUACCUCGAAUAUUAGCAAGUGGAGAUAUAUACCCUCUCGAAUACGGAUCUAACUCUCUCCAUGUUACAUUCCACGAUAUGCAAUUCAAAAACGUUUGUAGUGAAAUAUAUGGCUGGUACAUGUACAGCUGGCCUUGGCUUUUAAAUGGUGGCGCACAGAAAUCUGUUCGCAUGAAAGCACAAAAGGACUGUCAAAUACUAGCUCAGCAAUGCCGUUGGAGAAAUGGAGGAUGGCUACUUGAUCAACAUAUUCAACAGUUCUAUUGUCCUGAUGGAUUGUCGUUCGCAGCAUGUUCAGAUGAUUGGGAUGUAACAGCUUAUCAGUCCAGCAAUAAGCCAAUCAUUUCUGCGGAUCCAAAUGAUUACAUUGACGGGUCAUGGAUCACGAAUGGUCUUUAUAAACGAGCCCGUAUUUCACUUCGCCGCAAAUAUCUGAUGGAAUUUCCCUGGUUCGAACUCUCAAGCCUAAAGCGCAAAGUUGAAUAUGAUAUUGGCUUUUUGCACAUGGCAUGGCAAUUGGUGGGAUACCCAUAUAUGCAAAGUAAUAACGAGGAGAAUAUCCAUGUCGAAACAUUGCAAGAUAAGGAUAUAAUACAAUUUCAUAAUGCGGAUGUAUAUGAUUUGGUGAGAUAUUGGCCGGAGGAAAAUGAGGCUGGAAAGCAAGGAAGAUUGCAGAGGAGGAUAGAAAAGCAACGUCCACAUAUCAAUGUGGAUCUUGAUGCUGUGCCUCAUAGUUGGAGAAAUUUGAUGAGCCUUGAUGAAUAG